AAGGAGUGAAUGAAUCUAUUAAUAACUUCUGCGUUACAUUUAAUAUGACAGCAUGCGCAGGAUAUGGGACGUAGAGUGAGUGAGCGUGGUGUUAAAGGUGACAUUCCCAUGGCCAGAACCAGCGCGGACGGGCUGCUCUGCCAGAACAACAGCAAACUGGACUCUUUCCUCAAGAGAAACACCAGUCGGGAUGUGUACGAGCGGAUCCGGGUCUACGAGCCGUGUGUGGUGGUCUCGGGGUCGGUGAAGAAGGUUUUCAUGCAUGUGAUCUUGACCGAUGAGCGCGUGUAUCUGAGCGAGUUUCCCCCGCGCGCGCUGCGAGAGGCGCUCAGCUUCAGACACGUCACGAGCAUCGAGCUGAUCAACGAUUUGCCUGAUUUCCUCAGUGGACAGGAUCGUGAGCGUUCAAUGCAUAUUCGUGUUGUUCAUACUGCAAAGAAUACUGGGAAAAAGAGCAAAAGACCCAAAGGAUCCAGCAAGAAUAAGCCAGAAUGCCCACCAUCUCCAUCGCAAGGACGCAACUCGAGUGCCCGUCAUUCUCUGGAGGGAAUGAGUCAUGAUCUCCUGUCAACACGCUCAGCACCGUCUGAGUCCUCCAGCUGGAGAAUCUCUCCCACAUCAAUGAGUGAUGGUGGGCUGGAGGAAGAAGAGGGCAGCGUCAUUCCGAAAAGACGUUCAGCUUCCUGUCCAAACCCGGAUGUAUUGAGUCUGGGUCUGUUUAAUAGCUCCCCCGCUCACUCCUCCAGCUCCAGUGUAACUCCUCUCCCCAGCAUCACAAAUGACCAGCGACGGACCUCUGCUCAAGACCCCGUAGCGUUCUGUCACAGGGGUUCAGUCCUGGCGAGAGUGACGAGGAGGACAAUAGCAGAGAAGCAGACGGAGGAAGAGGAAGAUGAGAAAGAGGAAGAGUUGCACCUUUAUGCUGUAUCUCCAUCGUCUCGAAUAUUCCUUCACCUACAGAGCUCCUGGAGCAGCUAUAUCAUAAGAUCAACUUUGAUGCUGGACCCAGUGUACAGGAGGAGAUGUGGCAUAUCCUCCUCUUCUCCUCAGAAACAGAAAUAUCACAAGAUCAGCUGGGAGCGGACGUGUCACUUGUUCGGUCAGUUGAGUGGAGAGCUGCUACAGGAGAGCAUCAGUCUGGAGAGUCUGUAUUUACUACUGCAGGAGCUGCACACGGCCACAUACCGCAACCCCACUAUCAAAAAACUCUUUUGGAGGUCACCUGACCUUUAUCCAUUCCUGGUGAAAACUCUGGUUGAAAGCUCUCAGGGCAAUCAGGAAGGAGUUUACACAGCUGACAGACUUCUGCUUUGCACUUUAGUGGUUCAGAUAUUAAGCCUGAUGUUCAGGGAAACAGAGAUUGAACCGACAAGACUCAGCAUGCUGACAGCCAAACAAGGGGCUCUCACAGCGGACAUGCUGCUAGCUUUAGUGUGUGAUCCGGAUCUUCAGCUGCCAGACUCUAUGAAUGACUCCAAAUCUUCAGUUACUAAGAUGCAGCAUCUUCAGGCGGACUAUCUAGACGCGGCAUCCGCAUUGCUGUUUGAGGUGGUUGUGCUCUGUCAGGAGGCUAGUCGCACACCUUCUCUGGGACAUUUCCUUACCAUUGGCUGGGUGUUUCGAUUGCUUAAACCUCAUCCAUUUUUACUCCCGUUUGUUGGAUAUCAGGCCCAGCAGGUGGUUCUGGUUCUCUCAGACCUGCAGUAUCCAGUCAGCCCGUCUCAGGCGGUUCUUCUGUACCAGCGAUUCCAUGUUCUGUUGGCCUGUCUGCAGCACAGCACCUGUUUGAGCAAGUACAUCAGGACUGGAUUCAAGGAGGAGUUCAGGUACUACGUGAAGACGUCAGGGCUGGAGGACAAACUGCCCCAUCACUACCCCAUCAGCCAGCCGGCCCAGCGCCUUCUUUCUCAGCUGCUCAGUCUGGUUCUCCAGAAACCCUGAGAUCUGCUGCCUAUGAGCAUCUUUCUCUACCUUUUCCUUUCUGUCCCUCUCAGAUUGAAUUUCUUAUUUCUGCAUAGUAAAAACUGUGGAAGCUUCUUUCCGCCACAGAAUAAAAAAAUAAAUAAGGCAAUUGCAAUGUUUUAUUUUGCAAUUCUGACUUCAUUUCUCAAAAUUCAGAGUUUAGAUCUUGCAACUUUGACUUUUUUCUCACAAUUCUGAGUUUAUAUCUCGUAAUUCCGAGUUUAUAUCUCACAAUUCAGACUUUUUUUCUCGCAAUUCAGAGUUUAUAUCUUGCAAUUGUGUUUAUAUCUCGCAAGUCCAAGUUUAUAUCUCUCAAUUCCGAUUUUAUUUCUCACAAUACCGAGUUUAUAUCUUGCAAUUCCGAGUUCUUAUCUUGCAAUUCUGAGUUUAUAUCUCACAAUUCUAACUUUAUUUCUUACAAUUCUGACUUUAUAUCUCAGAAUUCCGAGUUUAUAUCUCAGGAUUCCGAGUUUAUAUCUCGCAAUUAUGACUUUUUUCUCAUAAUUCUAAGUUUAUAUCUCGCAUUUCAGACUUUUUUCUUGCAAUUCCGAGUUUAUAUCUCACAAUUCUGACUUUAUUCUUCACAAUUCUGACUUUAUUUCUUGCAAUUCCGUGUUUAUAUCUCGCAAUUCUGACUUUUUUUUCUCAGAAUUGUGAAAUAUAAACUUGCAAUUGAGAGAAAAAAAAAUCAGAAUUGAUAGAUAAAAAGUUGCAAUUACCUUUUUUUUUUUUUUAUUCUGUGGUGAAAACAAGCUUCCAUAAAAAACAGACGCACAGGUAUUCUGAUUUGCGAAUAUGCCUUUGAAUGAAUAUGCUGCACUUUAAGAUUGAAUUUAAGUUGUAUUGUGUCUUACUGUGUGUUGAACAGAGACUGCAGGAUUCCACUCUGUUUAGCAUAUUGCCUUUGUCUACACUCAGGAUUAUAAUCACUGUAAUAUGUGUAAAAUAUCAAAGAUUUAAUGGGAAGUCAACGCAGAGCACAUGAACAUCACAGAACAUUUAUUAUAUUAAACCAUUUAUUAUAUAUAAAUAUAAAAAGAUGGAUGUCUAAUGGCACUUUUUACUGAACAAAUUCAGGUUUGGCAGACCACUCUAAUAUAUGACACUGAUCACAGUAUUAUCAUCUAAAUAUGAAUCUUCUUCAUACAUUUACUGUAGGUAAAGCCACUGGUAUGAAUGCACUUCUUUAUUUUGGUUUACUUUUUUGUUCGGAUGCACUCUCUCUAUAAGACUGUACUGAUUUUCAGGAACUCUAUGUACCUCAAGGCCUCAAAUUAAAAAUAACAAAUAUUUUAAAUAAA